CGUCACCGCGCUUGGCCGGCGGCUGGACGCCGAGCUGGGGAGCUGGGCGGCGGGUGCCUCGAUCCGGGAUGGCUUCGGACUCAGGGGACCGCGAGUCCCAAUGCACGCUGGAGUUCGCCGUGCAGAUGACCUGUCAGAGCUGCGUGGACGCGGUGCAAAAGUCCUUGAAAGGGGUGACAGGGGUAAGUAGGAGGAGCUUCCAGACCUCUUCUUUCAGGGGUGUCCAGAGUGUGGAGGUGCAGUUGGAGAAACAGAUGGUCUUGGUGCAGACCACUCUCACCAGCCAGGAGGUGCAGGCACUCCUGGAAGCCACUGGGCGGCAGGCGGUUCUCAAGGGCAUGGGCAGCAGCCGUUUAGAGAAUCUGGGGGCAGCAGUGGCCAUCCUGGGGGGAUCUGGCUCUGUGCAGGGGGUGGUACGCUUCCUCCAGCUUACCCCUGAUCACUGCCUCAUCGAGGGAACUAUCGAUGGCCUGGAGCCUGGGCUACAUGGACUCCAUGUCCAUCAAUAUGGAGACCUCACAAAGGACUGCAACAGCUGUGGGGAGCACUAUAAUCCUGAUGGAACGUCUCAUGGGGGUCCCCAGGACUCUGACCGGCACCGUGGGGACCUGGGCAAUGUCCACGCUGAUGCUGGUGGCCGAGCCAUCUUCCGGCUAGAGGAUGAGCAGCUAAAGGUGUGGGAUGUGAUUGGCCGUAGCCUCGUUAUCGAUGAGGGAGAAGAUGACCUGGGCCGAGGUGGCCAUCCCUUAUCUAAGGUCACGGGGAACUCUGGGGAGAGGUUGGCUUGUGGCAUCAUCGCACGCUCUGCUGGCCUGUUCCAGAACCCCAAGCAAAUCUGCUCCUGUGAUGGCCUCACUAUCUGGGAGGAGCGAGGCCGGCCCAUUGCUGGCGAGGGCCGGAAGGACUCAGCCCAGCCUGCUGCCCACCUCUGAGUAGGGCUUGGGGUUCUAUUGUGUCCUCCCUACCAAGCAUCUUCCACCUGCAGAGGUAGCAAAGGGGCCAUUCUAGUGCAGGCCUAGGAGCAAUAGUUACUGGGUAUGUAGGGGUUACUUGGAUGCAUCUUUAGCAAAUUAAACUUUUAUUUUCACAUGGAA